CAUUUUCUCAAUAUAUUUUUCAAAAAUAAAAUUAAAAAAUUCUCCGACUUUCCAGCAUUCAUGAAUUGGCAAUUUUGAAAUGGCGGAGAUCUGGUACGGAGUAGUGAGUGAAAGCGACGCGUCGUCAAAUCCCUGCGAGGCGAGUUCACGAGCAGCGAGACGGAGGAGGAUGGAGAUCCGACGUUGCAAAUUCGUCUCCGGAGUGGCCCCACCGGCGCCGGAGUCACCGGACAAUUCCGAGAAGCGGAAGAAAGCCGCAUCACGUACGACGUCGUCGGCUUCUCGCGAGUUGGAAAACGCCCUGCAGUGCUCCGGUUCUUCCGACGAAGAGAAAAUCCCCCCGAGUCAAAAGAAGUCAACGAAGUUCCGAGCGUCCUCGUCAUCGAACGUCCCUGAAGCUUUGAGAGAGCUCCCGAAGUACGGACUGGCCUCCGUCUGCGGCCGCCGUAGAGAUAUGGAGGACGCUGUGUCUGUACACCCCUCGUUUUGCCGGCGCAUCAGAGACGCCACCACUCAAUUGCAUUAUUUCGGUGUCUACGACGGCCACGGUUGCUCCCACGUGGCGACGAAAUGCAGAGAGCGGAUGCAUGAGCUGGUGAAGGAGGAAGUGGAGAACAUGGAGGAAUGGAAGACGGCGAUGGAGCGGAGCUUCGUGCGGAUGGACAAGGAGGUGGUGGCGUGGAGCCGCGAAGGCGGCGUCGGAGUGAGCAAUUGCCGUUGCGAGCUUCAAACUCCGGAGUCCGAGGCUGUCGGAUCCACCGCCGUCGUAGCAGUCGUCUCUCCCGAUAAGAUCGUCGUGGCCAAUUGCGGCGACUCGAGAGCUGUGCUUUGCCGCGACGGCAAGGCCCUUCCCCUCUCUGUUGAUCACAAGCCGGAUCGCCCCGAUGAGUUGAAUCGGAUCCAGGAGGCGGGUGGGCGGGUCAUAUACUGGGACGGCCCACGGGUUCUCGGAGUUUUGGCAAUGUCAAGAGCCCUAGGCGACAACUACUUGAAGCCGUACGUGAGCUGCGAUCCAGAGGUGACGAUCACGGAUCGAACUGUGGAGGACGAGUGUCUGAUCUUGGCGAGCGACGGGCUCUGGGACGUGGUGUCGAACGACACGGCGUGCGGGGUGGCGAGAAUGUGCCUGAGAAGAGAACGGGCCGCUGCUGCGGCCGAGCGCGCAGGGCCGGAGGCGGCGGUGGCGUCGGACAAGGCAUGUUCCGACGCGUCGAUGCUGCUGACGAAGUUGGCAUUGGCCAGGCAGAGCACUGACAACGUGACCGUCGUCGUGGUGAACCUGAGACUCAACACGUAGACCGUCUGCGCUGCUUGUUGCGUGGAGCAUUUUCUUUAUUUUUUUAUUUAAUUAUUUUGGAGUCGAAAGUUUAAAGUCUAGCUUUUUUAUUUUUUUUUGGAACAUUUUUAUAGAAAAAAAAAAGGGAAGAAAGAGGUUUGUUCGGCAAAUUAAGGAAAAUAAGCCGACAGAAUGGAAAGUUUCCUUGCCUUGUGUUUGUAGUCGUUUUUAAUGGAGUCUGUUUUCCUAAAACCGACAGAAGCUAGAAGUUACGUUCAACGUAUUACUCUUAAUGCGUGUGAAACCAAAUUAUGGUUGAUGUAUAUGUGUUUUGACGUGUAAGUAAGUAAUUGAACAAAGAGGUGAGGUGUGCUAUCCAUACUUUUUUU